AUGCAGCUGCUCCUGCUCCUGUUGGCCUUCUUUCUGCCCCCAAGGAUAAUGGCAGGGGAGAUCAUCGGGGGACAUGAAGCCAAACCCCACUCUCGUCCAUACAUGGCCUUCCUUCAGAUCAGGGAAAAUGGCUCUGUAAAAAGAUGUGGUGGCUUCCUGAUACAUGAGAAAUUUGUGCUGACAGCAGCUCACUGUGCGAAGAGGCCACAACAUCAAGAAAUAACUGUCUUACUGGGGGCCCACAACAUCAAGAAACAGGAGAAUACUCAGCAGGUCAUACGUGUAAAAAGAGCCAUCCCACACCCAGACUACAAUCCUGAAAAAAUCACCAACGAUAUCAUGCUUCUUCAGCUGGAGGAAAAGGCCCAGCUGAAUAAAGCAGUGCAACUUCUCAUGCUGCCCAAGGACAAGACCCAGGUGAAGCCAGGUACUCCCUGCCAGGUGGCUGGAUGGGGACUUUUGGCCCCAAACGGGAGCUCUUCAAACACGCUGCAGGAGGUGGAGAUGACAGUGCAGAAGGAUAAGGUGUGUGAGACACACUUUCAAAAGGCUUAUGACAGUGCUACGGAGAUGUGUGUUGGGGACCCAAAGAUUAAAAAAACGUCCUUUAAGGGUGACUCUGGAGGCCCCCUCAUGUGUAAUAAUGUGGUCCAGGGCAUUGUCUCCUAUGGACGAUCAAAAGGGAAAACUCCACGUGUCUACACCAAAGUCUCACCUUUUCUAGACUGGAUAAAGCAAACCAUGAAACACCACAGACUGCAAGGAGCAAACUAA